UAUUCCUAUUCAUUGUCGGAUAAUCCACAGAUUUAUUUUAUGUAUAGAAUGCAACGUGACAGGUAGUGUAACCAAUUUCAAUUAAGAAAGGUGCGUAAGUGCCUAUAAAAUUAAAGUAAAUGGAGGAGGAUAAAGUUGAACGUUCUGAAAAAACUGAAAAGGUAGAAAGUAAGAAUUUAAUUCAAGAAAGCAAUGAACCUGAAACAUUGAUAGAAAAAAUAGAAGAGAAAGAAAAAGCACAAGUGAAUUUGGAGGUUCUCGAAGAUGCAGAAACUGAGGCUUCUCAGCAACCUGUUUAUCAAAUACGCCCACAACUACACGAGAAGUUUAAACCAUUAAGAGCAAAAGAAGUUAUACAUACUGUAUUAUUCGAUCAGCUCUCUACAAAAGUAUACGAUGCUCAGGAAGCUGUCCAAUGGACUAAAGAUAUAGCUGAUAUAAUUAGAGAAAAAGUUAAAGAAUUGAACUUCAGACGGUACAAAUAUCUUGUAAAUGUAGUUUUGGGUGAACAGCAUGGUGCUGGGGUAAAAAUGGGUACACGAUGUAUCUGGGAUGCAGAGGCUGACGCAUAUGCGUAUGAUAGUUUUGUAAAUGAUACAAUAUUCUGUGUUGCCACAGUGUAUGCUGUAUAUUUUUAUUAAAAAGAUGAUGUUUCCCCCAAUUUAGUGUGACAGUUUAUUAAUAAAAAUUUAAGGAAGGAAAAAUAAACAUAUAAUCAUACAUCUGGGAGGAGGAAAUUGCUUUAUUAAAGUAGAAGCUAUUAUUACUGUUUGUUUAUGUGUGUUUCAACAUGGCACAAUUUUUGACACAUAUCUAAACAUAAUAUUCAUAUGUACACUUAUGUUUGCAACGAAAGAACAUUAUUUUUCCUGAUGUCUUUCAUUCAUUACAAUUAUUAUAGCACCAUAAUUCACAGUAUUACUUCAUAGGUAUAGAAAUAUUGGAAGGCAUAUUUUUAAGCCACACAGGAAUCUUAAUAUUAUUACUAUGGCAUUUUCCUAAAUUCAUUUAUAUUAAGAUUAUCUUAAACUACCACAUGAUGCAUUAAAAUUACUAUAUUAUAAUUUAUUGACUUUAUAUGUAGCGUAUUAAAACUGAAAUAUGAAUCAAAUAUGAAUGUUUGUUGCUAUCUAAUACAUAAAUGUAGUAUAAAAACUCAUGAUUAAAAAUAACAUAAUAAUUUCGUUUGCAUGAUAGUAGUCUAAAUAGAAUAUUUUUUAACAGUGUUAUAAUACAAAAUUAUAUAUAUUAAUAAAUUAUUUGUUAUACAAUUGUCAUGUAUGGCCAUAUAUACUUUUUUA